AUGACAACUACACCUGUCUUGAUUUUGCUCGCACUUGCUCUGAUUAUUCCAUCAUUAAAUGGUUCAAAUCCAAAUGAACGUCUACCAACAUUUUGGGAUGAAGCUCCUUCAUCAAUUUCUGGUUAUCCGCUUGCCUCUAAUCGAUCAGUCAAGCAAGAUUUAACUCGAUUAAUUGACCCAUGGUUGUACAUUGAUCGACUGGGUCUGUAUAAAAUUUUGAUAAUAACAACAACACCAUUAAUGCCAUUUUGUUCAUCGUCGAAUGUUUCUAAUAUUCUCUUUGGUCUGCCUUCUCAAUUCGGAUGGCAAUUUGAUUCAAAUCGAUUAUUUUCCAAUGGAAGUAGAAAAAUCUCCACGGAUAGUUGGUGGGGCGCUGCGAAUUAUUAUCUAUCAGUUAUUCCUUUUCUUGCUGCUGUCGAUGCCGGUGUUAUUCAACAGGAUUCAUUUGAACUUGUUCAACGUGAAAAUUUCUGCUCGAGUUCUUCGGAAUGCUUUCGUGAAAUUCCUGAAGCAAUGACUCUGUGGCGUACCUUUUUCACCAAUCUACGCCAGGCGAAUUAUUGUCAAACUCAUCGAGCUUCGAUUCGAUAUGCUCUCCCAAUGAUUGCUUCGAAAAUACCUUUGUUACCAUCAGUUACCGAGCAACGUUUUGGAGUAGGAUGGGCACAUCUAGUCGAUUUCAUCGGUAUGGCUCGUGAAAAUACCAAUUUAUCGAAUGUCCUCAAAUAUCAAGAUGCAUUCUUUCCGUAUCGUCUUUUACGAAAUGAUGAUCAUCCGCCACACUGUCCGGAUUUUUCUCGAACGGUAAAUCAAGGUUUAGAACUUCUGCUUUCUAUCAAACCAGAAUGGAAUCAAGAGAUGCUGAGACUUUGGCAACGCGCAACGUGCAAUUACGAAUCAAGACAAGAUGCGCAGCGGGUCUUGCAAAUAGCAGCAAUAUCAAAAACAACCGCCUUGAAGUACUACAGCGAAGCGGUACUCAAAUCUUAUUUACAUGAAUUUAGUCUUGUGUUCAUUGUGCUUUUCGGCAUAUUGAUCGGCAUACCAAUUAGUUCUCUAUUUCUGGGCUACACGAAAUACGAUGAAUGUCCAUUUGAACCACUCUUGCCACGUAGUUUACAGAUUUUCGGAGUCGUAGGAUUGAUAUGUAGUACGAUUGCAUCGAUUCUAAUCGUCAUAUCCUACAAAACAGUCGAUGAUUCAGGUACUCAUAUGUAUUAUCUCAUAUAUGCAUUUAUAGUAGUUACUAUCAAUGCUAUUAGCGGUGUUAUCUUGACAUUAUUUAUAAUAUCUGUAUUGCGUACAAAGUCUGUUGAAUACCAAUCGAACAAUUUAUCCGAUACAAACUCGUAUUGUCAUCCGUGGUUGUAUAACUAUUGCUAUACUUUCGCAACAGUUGGGAUGACAUUAUUAGGAGGAUUUUUAGUAUGGUUAAUGCGAAUACUUGUUGUAAAAACUUUUAAUUUUUGCUGUAUGCUUAUGUCUGCUCUAAAGACAGAGAAGAACAAAUAA